AUCAUAACACAAACAAAAACAUCAAUAGUAAUCCAUCCAUCCCUCUUAGCUUGUUCACACACAAUGAGCAAUAAUCCACAUUUUCUUGUUAUGCCAUAUCCAAUUCUAGGACACAUGAAUCCCCUUCUUCAGUUCUCCUAUGUUUUAAUCAAACAUGGUUGUAGAAUCACUUUUGUGAUCUCAGAAUUCAUCGAAAAGAGAGUGAAGAUUCCUAGUGAUGAUGAUGUUGGAUCAUCAAAGAUGAUAAACUUUGUGACACUCCCAGAUGGGUUGGACCCUGAAGAUGAUAGAAGUGACCAACCAAAGGUGAUUUUGUCAAUGAGGAACACCAUGCCUCCUAAGCUCCACAAACUCAUACAAGACAUCAACAAUGGUGAGAACAAGAUCAGAUGUAUUCUUGUUUCCAAGAACAUUGGGUGGGCCUUGGAAGUUGGAAACAAUUUGGGGAUUAAAGGGUCAUUUCUCUGGCCUGCCUCAGCAACUUCAUUGGCCUCAUAUUAUUCCAUCCAAAGCCUCAUUGAUCAAGGAAUUAUAGACUCUCAAACGGGACUACCAAUAAGGAAACAAGAAUUUCAACUCUUACCAAAUUCACCUAUGAUGGACACAGCAAAUUUGCCAUGGUGUAGCCUUGGCAAGAACUUUUUCCAUCACAUGGCAGAAGACACACAAACAAUGAAGUUGUUGGGAAGUUGGUGGCUUUGCAACACCACUUGUGAUCUUGAGCCUGGUGCACUUGAGAUAUCAUCAAGAUUCCUUCCAAUUGGUCCAUUAAUGGAAGCUACUAAUGACAGCAACAACAACAACAACAAAAGCUCUUCAUUCUGGCAAGAAGACACAACCUGCUUAGAAUGGUUGGAUCAACAACAACCUCAAUCUGUUGUCUAUGUUUCAUUUGGUAGCUUGGCAGUUAUGGAAUCCAACCAAUUCAAAGAGUUAGCGCUCGCGCUCGAUCUCAUUAACAAGCCUUUUCUUUGGGUUGUAAGAACAGGUAGUAACAAUGAUAAGAAUGGAAAUAAAUCAAAUAAUGCAUACCCAGAUGAAUUUCAAGGAAGUAAAGGUAAGAUUGUGGGUUGGUGUCCACAGAAGAAAGUACUAAACCACCCUGCAAUUGCUUGUUUCGUAAGUCAUUGCGGUUGGAAUUCGACUGUUGAAGGUGUGUGUAGUGGGGUUCCUUUCUUGUGUUGGCCACAUUUCAGUGAUCAAUUUGUUAACAAGGCUUAUAUUUGUGAUUUUUGGAAGGUUGGAUUGGGAGUAGAGAAGGAUGAUGAUGAAAAUGGAUUAGUAUUAAGGGGAGAGAUAAAGAAGAAGGUGGAGGAAUUGGUUGGGGAUGAAGAGAUAAAAGCAAGAUCAUUGAAGCUGAAGGAAGUGACACUGAAUAACUUGGUAGAAGGUGGUAGGUCUUCAAAGAAUCUUGACAAGUUCAUCAACUGGGCUAAGGACUAUUAACUAAUGUGAUUAUUUUUGGUAACUUUAGAUUUGGGAGUUGCCUGCAUUUUGAAAUUUUUGAUGAUCUUAUGGUUUCGUGAUAGGCAAAAUUAAGGCUACA